GAACUUCCGGUUGCUGAGGAAGGAGGCCACGCUGCAGCUGUCGCACAGCUGGAAAGGUGCGUGGAAACGUACCACUGGCAGUGGCGGGUGUGCUUCAGGUGUAUGGCAGCUAUGCUGAUCCUCCUCCAUCUGCUGUACAUGAUAGCCGCCGAUCUAAGUCUGGACGCGAAGGCAUUUCCAGUGUUGUCUCUGUGCCUGGCACCCUUCGCAGUGAAUCCACUGGCCUUGGCACCAGCAUCCUCACCGGUGAGGUUCCUUCCGGCAGAGGGCGCCCUCUGCUGCACCCUGGCCUUAUUCUUCGGUAGCCGUGUCCCGCCGCUGCUUGCUUUUGCAGUUUCCGCCGCUCAUGUCGGACUUUGGCUCUGGGCUGCUAGCUCUGACGCGCAGCCGCUUGCGUUGCUUCCGCCGUCUCUCAUGGCGCCCUGCCUUUGGAUGCUGGCCUGGUAUGUAGGACAGUCCCUGAAACUGGGGGAGCUGGGUCUCCGGGACCUGCGCAGUUUGGCGGAGCCCGACAAAGCGAAGGGCAGCUAA